AUGGACAAUGUACUGCCCCCGCGACGGACUUAUAGAGGUCACCGCCGGUACUCUUUCGUUGCGUCUGACGUCAACGAGCUCCAGGAGAUUCGGGCAAGGCAGCGAACAUUUCAUGGAGCCUACAGUCGGACUGCACUAGGUUCUUUGGGUUAUUCGUUAACGAUUUUGAGGCUAUUUGACCCGGAAUUUCAUCGUAUCGGGCUCCUCUUCGCCGUCCUCGGUGCUCUGCUCUUCAUUCUUGCAUUCUUCCGCUCACGGCACUCCACACACGAUUUCGCCGACCGACAUAAGGAAGCACACCUCUACGACCAGGCCAUCAAGACGAAGGGACAGGAUGGCACGCGUAUCUUCGGACGCCCGUUCGUCACCGCUGGGUGGAUCGUCGUACAAGUGACCGUCGUGGUUGCUGCAGUGGAAAUUGCGCUGCUGGUGCUCAUCCUGCGUUAUCGGAUAUCAACUUGA